CAGCGAUCCUCUAAAAAAAAAAAGGGUAAAACCAGCGAUUGGCCCCAACCUCGCCGCCGCUGUCGUCAAAAGGAAAAACCUCGCCGCCGCUGCGUGCUCCGCUCAGCUCGGAAGGAACCACAAACUAGAGUGAGGUGCGAGGUAACACCAGAUGCAGUUUUCUCGCCUCUUGGGACGCCCUGAUGUCUCCACCGCUCUGCACCACCUCUCCCGUCACUCGCGGGCUCUCAUCUGCUUCAUGGCCUCUGCACCUCCACCGCUCGCGCGACGAGUUUCCCCACCCAUGGCGACUCCCAAUCCACCUGUCCGUCGUCUUCCCCGAUGUCCACAUGGAUAUCAGAACAUGCCCAUCAGCACUAGAGUAAAAGGCGACAGGUUGGAUAAACCAAUACAAGACGACAGGGCAGCACAGAGACCUCGUCACCCUGUAUACCCUCUAAGGGGUCUUCCAAGGAGUAGGCACCGAGAUGGUUCCAUAUACAGGGGCACAGAGAGAUGGAAGGAAAGAUUCCAUUUAUCAGACCGUCGUGAGACUCGGUUGGAGCCAAUGAGUUUAUCAGAUCCUUCACGUACCAUAAUCCAUGGACCUCGUACAAUGUUGCAAAUUUUCUCAAUAGAAUUGGCUAAAAUUCAUGUUGAGGGCUUGGUAGAGUUGUAUGGAUAUAUAGCAGUGAGGGAUGCUUUGGAUCCAUUGCUUAAUUAUGUCAUCAACUUUAGUAGGGAUGAUCCCAUCAUUGUGGAGCAGGGUUCUCUCAUCAAAAUGGGUGGCCCUAAGCGAGGGAUGGAAUUGGUUGACACUAGUAUAGUUGAAUAUGACGUAAGGAUCAAGACAGGAAAACAAGAAAAAGAUGAUGUACAAUUGAUAGAUGGUGUAACCAUUUUAGACGACAAAGACACUGAGGAUUGCCAUGUAUUCAUAGCGCGAAUCAGUGGCGAAUGUGGCAUAAUCGACAUGACUGUAUCACGCCUGAACUUUGCAGUUGAGGCAACCAUAGAGGUUCUCAUAUCUGAAGUGUAUAGCAAUUUCUAUUUGUGUGUCGGUUGUUUUACCAGUGGGUUGCGUGAAGAAACCCAGCUCUUUGAUGGUGUCAUUGGCAAGCCACAGAACUUGAAGAGAUCUGUGGUUGCUGUAAGGAUUGAUACUAAUUUGGAUUUGAAGUUGAAGGUAGGCUCAGAGUCAUUCAUAUCUGCUGAGCAUCUCUGUUCCUUCAUAGCGAAUGAAUAUGGGUAUGUUAGUCAAGAGAUAAAGACUGGUCCUGCAUUGUUUUCAGUAAAAGUGACUUGGUCGACUAUGCCGCCCUCGGUAGAUGCUGUUAUGAGGAAAGUUGACCACUCAGCUUCAGGUUAAGAUCAUCAAAAUGUCGCCUCUGUUAUGAGAGGCCAAUAGAGAUUAGCAAUGUAGAGUUGUAAGGUUGUGGCAGCUAAGGCAAACAUUAAGUUUUAGGUGUGGCGACUUUGGGUUGUAAUAAUAUGACUAUUGUGAGUGUAACUGUCUACUGUUUACUUACAUGUUCGGUUCAAAGGCU